AUUAAUGUCAAAACAAAACUUAAAACUGAAGUAAUUUCAAUUUUUAUAAUAUAAUUAUGCUUCAGAACCAAAUAUGAGUCGGCGGAGACAUCACAGUGAAGUUGGGGUUGCACUGUUAGUGUCAAGUUUACAGAAAAAAGGCAUACAACUGGUUGCCGUUGACUUUGACCAAACAUUGAUAUCAUUUCACUCUGGCGGAAUGUGGAAGGACGAUGUUGGAAAGCUUGUUGCUAAAGUGAGACCUGCUAUAAGAGAUCUAAUACAGACAAGCCUUGAUCGUGAUAUUAAUGUCUGCAUUGUGACAUAUUUUAUGCAACCUUGGGUCAUCAAAGAUCUACUUCAAAGAAUAUUUCGAAGAUCUGAUGCAGAAAAAAUCCUUGUUCAAGCAAACACGGCUUCAUUCAGAGAAAAACACAACAAUGAGUUUCUGGGAAAAGAGGCCCAUAUUGCAUCUAUACUGACUGAACUGUACAAGAAGGCUCACUUGAAGAUUCGUCCCGAGCAAGUGAUAUUAUUUGAUGAUGACAAGGACAACACAGAUACUGCAGUGAGAUUUGGACACAUGGCUUUCCUGGUCAGAGAUGAUGUGUGUGAAGAACAAUUUGAAGAUUUUGCAAAAACCUUAGAAUCAGUAGAUUUACGGAAAUCUUGGGUAAGAUAAGGACAAUGUUCAGUGAUAAUUAUUAAUAUUGAUAAGCUGUAAUCAAAAAGUUGGAAGUAAUGUUUGCUAUUAACAGCAGAAAAAUGAGUUGUGAAUGUUGGACAUUUUUUCUUAUCUAACAGUUUCAUUUUAGUUUUUAAUUCAAAGAUUUCUUCAUCAAGUUUGAAGUUUGGGCUUUCAAUGUCACAGGUAUUGAUAAUAAAGGCUUUAUCUUGCCAGUAAGUUCUAGUACUCAUUGUUUAUUAUCUCUUACUAUGUAUUUUAACAGUUUAUUGUGUUAUCCUUUGUUAAAACGAGUUGUGAAUAUCUUUUAUAAGCUAUUUAGUUUUUCGAAGGAAGAAUCAAGGUUAUAAUUGUCAUUGCUUUGGUUUUAGCAUUGUGCAAAAACUUAAACCAUAGCCAUUUCUCAAAAACAUUGGAGUUUUUGUAGUGAAAUUUAGCACUCAUGUUGCCCAAGAUGAUACACAUGUGAGGAGGAAGGCCCAUACCUCUGGCUUUAAUCAUUGUUGAGUUAUGCCCCUUGUUCAACUGGAAAAAAACGGACAAGUUUUGCGUUCCUCCCGCAGCACUCUUGUUUUAACUUUAUCAUCUGAUGUUGUGAGGGUUUGUUGUUUUUAUCUUGUAUUUUUGUUUAUAAUUUGCUUGCUACUAGUUAUACAUGUUAUUAAAAACAUACAUGCAUUGCAAUAAAGCAUAUUAUAUGUACAAGACUCCCAUAAUAAAUUUUGUAUAAACAGAUUGUGUUAACAAGUAGUGUAUCAUAUUUGUUUUUGUACAUCUACAUGUCGGGUUUAAGCCAGGUUUAUAAAUGGACAGGGUGUUAAGGGAGAAAUUGCACAUUGAGUCAGGCUAUGAAAAACUUAAACAUUAUGAAUUUGACAGAAAAUGUUAGGAAUUGUGCUUAAUUACCAUAAAGUAAAAUUAAGUAUCAACUUCCAACUAUGUGAAGUUUGUUUGUAUAUUUUUAAUCAAAAUAUGAGCACAAAUCAUAGAAAAAGAACUAUUUGAUCAUUUUAAGCAUUAAAUACUAUGAAGGCAGGGGUACAAAUGCUGGUCUCAAUGAGGGUAGAAGGUUGCUACCAAAAACAACUGGGUACAGCACCCUUCCAGAACUCUGGCUUAAACUCUACUACAUGUAUAUUUAAUAUUUGUCCCUACAAGGUUUUGCUCAAGUGAAAUAUGUCUCAUUAUUUGUUGAAUAUUUAUUGAUAAGAAGCAUUAUUUUAUAACACAUCAACAUGUAAUUACACUAAUAUACAUUUUGUAGAUUAAUAAAGAUGAACACAUAUUCCUUUUUGAAAUUGUUAUGUGUUCUUUUAUCACAAUGCAAUAACUUUAAUUGUAGAUUUCUUAAAUGAUUUACAAAUCAAUACAUAUGAAUCUCAUAUCCAGUAAUUCAAACACGAGUUGUAAAAUCGUGUAAUAUGAGGGUUUAACCGGGUACUUUAUUGUUUUUGAUAACUUGUCCUAUAUGUAAGAUUUCAAACAGGGUUUACCUACAAAUAAUUUUAAAUGUAUGCAAGUUAAAUGGUUUUGCAUGGUUUCUAUCACAUGUGUUUGUUUAGAAGGCAUCUUAUUUACCUUAUGAAAAGUGUAUACAUGUAAAGUCAUAUUAUUGUUAGUGAGUUAAGCAGUGACUGGCCUGUUAUACAUUCAUGUUUGUCUCAAUAUUAAGUAUCAGUCUUUCAUUAUUUACAAUCAAGGCAUUAAGAAAAUGUAAACUCGCUGGUAGCAAUAUUUAAAUUUCAUUUUUUAGAUAAUACAUAAAUGUUCGAUAUUAUAUUUUGUGCAAUGGGGUGGCAGUAUUUUUUCGAAUUUUACCUACAUUGUACAACUUGGCAUAAUUAUCAUUGAAGGGACUGUACACCAGAUUGACACCAAAAAAAGUUUUUUUCUGUAACUAAUCUCAGGACAAUUAUUUAAUAAAACGUUUUACUCUUUGAUAUCAUAAUUGUAAAAAAAUACCAAAAUGUAAAAAAAAAUCGAGUCGGAGACCAGUGUCGCCAAAAUUGCAGUCCAGAGUUGUAUCCACUCUGUUACGAAGGCUUACCCUGAAAGGUUGGAAUAUUUAAGCCAUAUACCUAACUUGGUUAUAUCACGUGAUAACAUCGACUAGCCAAUCACGCAUAAGGAAUGAAUUCUACUGGGUAGACAUACUUAGUAAUCUUUUUUAAUGGAAAAAUACGAAAAAACUGCGAAAAAUAAAUUAAUUGUAAACUAUGUAGUACUUCAGUUAGUAAGUUUCAAUGUAUUGUACUCAUCGAUACCAAGUUUAUGUCAGUUUUCGACAAAAAAUUUUUUAUCACUAUUUCAUCAUCAUCGGAGUACAGCCCCUUUAACCAGAUAACUCAUCAGUUUAAUUGUGUGAUUAAAAUUGAUUCACUAUAAAUCGCAUGCAAAAAGCUUUGCUAUUCAAAACAACACCAUGUAAAUGAAAGGUUCUUGUGGGUAGACUCUGUUGUAAUUUUGAACAAUUUAAUUCCAACCACUAAACAGUAAGACGUUAUUAGUAUGUAUUUGCUGAAGGGUUCCAGCUGUCACCAUAAUCUCAGCUUUAACACACCUAAUGAUUUGCCACACAUUUUCUUCAUUAAUAAGGGCCAUUUUACAAAACAGUGUGAGUGAGUCCCUUUAAUUUAUUUGGUUGAAAGUCUGUUUUUCCACUGAUGAAAAGACAAGGUAUUGUCGGAGCCUUUGAGUCUUUGCAGCAUCAGCCUCGACGGGGCUGUUGUGCAAAAACUCAUACUCAUGCCCGUUUCUCAGACGCUUUAAGAUAUUCAAUUGAAACUAUGUAGACAAUAAUCACAUGUAAAGCAAUUUCCUUAGUUAACUAUGGCUUUAAUUAUUGUGAACUGUGCCUCAUAAAAAACUUAGACAAGGAUUUGUGUUUGCUUUAAGGCACUCGUGUUAUUGCUUUAGUUGCCAUGGUAAUGGAUUGUUGAUAUUGGUGUUUGGUUGUGGAUUGUCUAUUUUUUUUUAUAUAUAUUUAUAAGUGUUCAUGUUAACCUUUGUGUUGGAAUGUAUUAAUUUAUAGGUUAUUAUAAGCUUAUAUAUGGAAUGAUACCAAUAACCUUCCAGUAUUCAGAUCAUGAUAACAAACAUGGAAGAUGUUAAAGCUGCACUCUCACAGAAUGAUUGUUUUGACAACUUAUUUUAUUUUUUGUUUUGGAAUGAGCAAAUUUUGGCGUAAAUGUCUGGAAACUAGUGUUAUAAGACUGCUGACAUAAGAGCAGAUCGCCGUUUUGAUAUUUACGUUUGGAAAUUGAUGUUUUAUAGCUUAAAGCGUUACAUUUUUUUUAGGAAAAAUGAAAGAUGGCACUUUACCAAACAAUUGAGAUCGGCAUGUUCUAUUGCCAGUUAUCUUAUAUGACUGAAUUGAAGGCACUGAUGCAAAAAUGAGCUGAUUCCGAGACAAUCAAAUUUAAAAAGGUCAAAACUGCCAAUUUGUGAGAAUGCAACUUUAAUACUAUACCCAUUAAUGCGAAUUCUGGAUGUAUGGUGACCCCAUAAUAUUUUGGUAUCAUUUUAAAGGGUUUUUUAUGUGUAAAGAAAGAAUGUGUAAAGAAAGAAUGUGUUAAAAAAAUAUGCUGAAAAUACUGUUGCAAUCACAUUUUUUCAGACUAAGAAGAUUGCAACAUAAUUUUAAGCAAUGUCAUGUCAGGAUUCAGUUGAAAUGAAGAAAGAAACUUCAAACAGUAAUAAUUCUAUUUUUAGUGUAUUUUCAGACCAUUAUUCAACAUAAUUUAAAUCAGCAAACUAUACCAUUUCAUCCAUACAGUUAAUACAUACGGUCACCAGGAAUCGUCCAAGUUUGGCAUUAAUGUGAACAGAUUGCGAACUGACAAAGCUUUAUUGUAUAUAAUGCACCAGUCAAUUGUAACCACGCCCCCCCCCCCCCCCCGGUCCGGGAGUAUACAGGGGAUAGCCGGGGAAAUGGGCUGGGCUUUUACCUUUCAGGUGGCCCCGCAGUGCCGGGUGAAUGCAGUGGUUUUGUCUUCGCUCAAAAUAUAGCGGGGAAUGGGCCUAACCUAAGGUCCCUUGGGUGCGGGGGCAUUUUGCGGGGAUUUUACCAUCAGUUCAUCCCCGCUGGACCGAAAGUCAAAGUCCCCGCUAUUCCCUGGACCUGGGGGGGGCCGUGGUUACAAUUGACUGGUGCAUAAUGUAUUUACCUUCAGUAUGACUUUUCCAAUGUUUUCAGCAAAGUUUACAUUAUGUAGUAUAUGUUGGUGAUCCAUUUACUUUUUUUGUCACCUGCGAAGUAUGGGAGACACUUGGGUAUGUCUUUGUUCAGCUGUGUCGUAGAUAGUCCCUAUUGAAUUAAGAGAAGAAUUAACUAGUAGAAUAAAGGGUGCUUCCAAAAGGCAUCACAUUUGGUCGCAGAUUUCUAGUUAUUUAUAAGUAUAAAUGCAUGGUAGAAAAACAAUCCAGUGCAUUUGUAUACUUUACACUUAAUAAAAAAAUUUUUUAUUAAAGCAAUACUUGUGAUGCUAAUGCAAUAGUCAUAAUAAUUUAUUAUAGUGAUAAUUGAUUAACAUAAAAGAGUCUUUUAUUUUUUAAAUAGUUAGUGCCUUCACCAAAGUUUUCUAAUGUAUAAACAUGUAUAAAGCAAUUCUUUUGAAGAAAAAUUCUGUAUCAAUGAAUCUUAUUUAUUUUGAUAACUUGUACAUCCCAAUAGAAACUGUUGAUGUUAAAUCCUGAUUGUGUAUUAAAUGUUGAUUUUGUG